CGAUCGUCUUCUCCUCUCAGGGCGCUGAUUCAGCACAUGAAGGAGGAACUAAAAUCCUAAAAUCAGCUUCAGAAGUGAAACAAGAUGUCUUUUUUCAAUAAUUCAGAUAAUUCAACUUACUACUAUGAUGACUAUGAUGAUGACUACUACAACAGCAGCAGUACAGAAAAUCCGUGUGAAUUCGGUAACAGCUACAGUGUCAGCCUUGUGGUCGGUCCUUACAUCCACGCCAUCAUCUGCAUCCUGGGCUUAGUGGGGAACGGCCUGGUAAUCCUCACCUACGCCUUCUACAAGAGGACCAAAUCCAUGACGGACGUCUACCUGCUCAACGUGGCCAUCGCUGACCUGCUCUUCGUCCUGGCUCUACCCUUCAUCAUCUACAACGAGCUGUACUCCUGGCCGAUGGGCCAGGUGGCCUGCAAGCUGCUGCGUGGUUCCUACAGCGUCAACCUGUACAGCGGCAUGCUGAUGCUGGCCUGCAUCAGCACCGACCGCUACAUCGCCAUCGUCCAGGCUCGCCGCAGCUUCAGGCUACGCUCGCUGUCAUACAGCCGCGUUAUCUGUGUCCUGAUCUGGCUCUGUGCCGUCCUGGUGUCUGUUCCCACUUUCUACUUCUACCACUGGUACCAGCCAACACAUAGCAUCUAUAUUGGGAUUGAAGAAGAGGAAGAGACUCCAACAGCUCCUCAGUAUGUCUGUGAGAUUAAAUUUCAGAACACUGGGACAGCAAAGAUCUGGAAGAUAGGCGUUCCUAUCAUCCAGCUUUCCAUUGGCUUCUUCCUGCCGUUGCUCAUCAUGAUCUUCUGCUACGCCUCAGUCAUGGUCACCCUGCUGAAAAACAGAAACUUCCAGCAACACAAAGCGGUCCGAGUGGUGCUGGUCGUGGUGCUCGUGUUCAUCCUCUGCCACCUGCCAUACAACAUCGUCCUUUUGUACGACACUGUCAGUUUGUUCGACCAAACUGAUUGUCACAAUGCGGACUCCCUGCAGCGGGCGAUUACUCUGCUGCAGACCUUGGCCUACAUGCACUGCUGCCUGAACCCAGUGCUGUACGCCGCCUUCAGGGUGAAGUUCAGGAACCGCCAUUUCUCCAGUGACACCUCCAAUACCUACAUCUCCAUUGUAGCUACAUUGGUGGACGAUUCCAAUAAAGGCGCGUCUAUUACCAUGUGAUCAGCGUCAGGAGCUGAUUCAGACCUGCAGAUUUCAAAGGAACUUGUUCUAA